UGAUAUUGUAGAAUGCAAAGACGUCUGUUUCUGAAGAGGAGGGAGAGGCCCCAGUAGUUAAUGAGAACGGAAAGCGUGCUGGUGAAGACCAAAAUAAAGAUGGAGCGAAACGCAUCCGAACGAAGAGUUUGUAUCGUCAGCCAACAGUGAAUGAGUUAAAUAGGCUUCAAGAAACCGAGAACUUAUUCAACUCUAAUUUAUUCCGUCUACAAAUCGAUGAAAUCAUCCAGGAAGUGAAAAUCAAGGAGAAAACUGAGAAAAAGUUUGUUCAAUUCUUUAAUGAAUUAAAAACCCAUUUAAUGUCUAUAUCAGAAGAUGGAACAGAGUACGAUUUGUCGGAAAAUAGUCUUUGUAAGAAACUGAAAGUGAAACUGCCUAUAACUGAAAGAUUGAGUAAAACAAAAUGCAUGUUUACUUUUUACAAGUUCUCCGAUGUUGAAAUUGUUGGGUCAUAUGGCUUACGAUGCUCAAUCAACUCCAAACUGAGAGUAGAUUUACAAAUAACAGUUCCUAGUGAAACAUAUACGAAGAAUGAUUCCAUAAACUACAGGUAUCAUAAGAAGAGGGCAGCUUACUUGGCAUACAUUGCUGCUCACCUAUCAAAAUAUGAACCAAUUGAAGAGUUACAGUAUUCACACAUUAACAUGUCAGAAUCUAAGCCUGUACUAGACUUCAAACCGAAAGGAAAACUUGGCAAUCAGUUGUCAGUUCGUAUACACUUAGCAUGUGAAGGUGAUGCAUACAAAUUGCACAGAUUCAGUCCAGAACGCAACAAUCUGAGAGAAGCAUGGUUGUUGAAUGAAAACUCUGAAAACAAUACAGAGGUUGGCCCACCAACUCCAUACUACAAUAGUAGUGUUUUAUCAGACUUAACCACAUCUGUUAAUCAGGAGUUCUUGAAUGGAAUUUUAUUAAAGAGUGAUAAUUUGAAGCAAGCAAUUACUUUGCUUAAGAUCUGGUUACGGCAGAGAGAUCUGAAAGUGUCCGGACAUGUUGUGUCUCUGUUGGUUGCAUACUUUGUGCAGGCAAAGAGAAUUAACAACAUAAUGAGCAGUUACCAAAUUGUGAGGAAUAUUUGGAUAGCACUCAAAACAUCAGAAUUGGACACAAAAGGUAUAUCUCUUCACAAAACACAAGAGAAAGACACAUGUCCAUCACUGGAAGUAUUCCACAAGCACUUUCCCGUGGUGUUCGUAGACAAGACGGGGUACUAUAACAUUUGCUGGCAAAUGUGUAAGGGGACUUAUGCUGCGCUGAAGAGAGAGAGUGCGUUAGCUGUGGACAUGUUGGAUAAUGGCAGGAUUAACAGUUUUAUACCUCUGUUUAUGACGCCAGUCAAGCCUUUGUUGCAGUUUGAUCAUAUCUUGAGAUUCAAAAACUUCAACCAGAUCAAAAAAGUAGUAGUUGGGAAAGCAUCUAAAGAAGAAAAGGUUAAUUAUGGAGUUGAGGAGUUGCCUCUGGUCAUUGAUGCUGUAUACUCCCUGCUGGUGAAGGGCUUGGGGAACAGAGCUGAACUGAUACAACAACUGGUUGAGGCUGACUUCUCCUGGCCGGUUAAGAAGACUUUGGAAACGGCUAGGAGUGGAUUCGAAGAAAAACUAGCUUUUGGCUUAGUACUGAACCCAGAGAAUUCAAUGAAUGUUGUGGAGAAGGGACCGCCUGCUAAUUUACCUGAAGCAGAACAGUUUAGAGCAUUCUGGGGAGACAAGUCAGAGCUGCGUCGUUUCCAGGACGGGUCCAUUACAGAGACAUGUGUGUGGGAGGGAGAGACUAUGGCUGAGAGACGCACUGUCACCACGCAGAUUAUUAAUUAUCUCAUGAAGGUCAAGUUUGAAAUAAAACCCACGGAGUUGUACCACGUAUGUGACCAGCUGUCCAGCGUCAUAGCUCGCAAGCAGUGGAGUCGUGGAAGCAGUCUGUUGCAGGUGGAGGAAACUUCCCUCACUGUGUUACAGGCCUUCGACUCCUUGCGGCGCGACCUGCGACAGCUGGUGCAACUGCCGCUUGAUAUCAGUGCCGUGUAUGGAGUAUCCCCAAUAUUUAGUUACACAGACCCGGUGGGCCCGGUGCCCUGCGGGCCCCCAGUCCGGCCCUGGCAGCGCGCCAGUACGUGCCUGGUCAAAGACGUGCAGAGAGACGGACUACACACGUUGCCUGACUACGUCCCUGUAUGCAAAGUUGUUAUUGAACUUGGUCACAGCGGCAAAUGGCCGGGCGAAAUUCACGCAUUCAGAUGUCUAAAGGCCGCCUUCCACCUGCAACUUGCAGAACGAUUGAACAAACAAUAUGGCAACGCCUGCCAAGCUUACAACACACAUGUAGAUGUACUACGGGAAGGGAUCACGUUCCGACUGGAGAUCUCCCACCCGAAGGAGAUCACUCUGCUGAGAAAGGAGAUUGAGAAUGGAGUUGUGAAGUUUAGAGAUACGGAGGAGAGUCUGCGGUUACAAUGCGAUACUGUGUUGUUGCCGCGACUUAGGGGAGCGCUGCAUGGUCUACAUCAGAAGCACCCAUCAUUCGGUGCGACAGUUUGUCUAUUCAAGCGUUGGUUAUCCGCCCACCUAUUAUCUCCCCCCCACUUCCCCCCCGUGGUGGCGGAGCUGUUGGUGUCGGCGGUGUACGUGCAGGCCGCGCCGGUGGUGCCGCCCGCCGCGCCCGCGCUCGGCCUCUACAGGGUGCUGCUACUGAUGCUGGACUUUGACUGGGCCAGGGAUCUCUUGGUGCUGGACUACAACGAGGAUAUGUCGCGUGAAGAAAUAAUGGAAAUAGAAAAGAAACUCAAUGAAGAAGAUAUAUCGUCCCGGCCAGCGUUACGUAUAGUGACGUCAUACGACGGCCCGCUGAGCGGGGCCUGGACCCGCGCGGGGCCCGACGCGAGGGUACUCGCGCGGACCAAGGCACUCGCCAGGAGUGCGGUAGAUUAUAUGGAGAAGAAGUUCUCGGAAUGUGCUGAUAAUGUGCUGAACAUGUUCGUCCCCUCGUACAAAGGCUACAACGUAGUCAUCCACCUGCAGCCGGCGCUGGUCCCGGGCCACUGCGAGCGAGUGUCGAGUGCGCCGGUACUGCGGCCGCUACCUGAUACCUUCGCGGAGGAUGUCAUACCAGCUGUGGAAUUUAACCCUGUCGAUAGGUUCUUGGAGGAGUUGAGGAGUGCAUACGGGGAGUUCGCGUUGUUCUUCCACGACAUGUACGGCGGUGAUGUAAUUGCAGUGCUGUGGAAACCUGAUGUCUACGAGGAUAAAGAGUUUCAGUUAACCAACGCGAAUGCUCUGAAGCCAGUUACUUCGAAGGGAGAAACAAAAUACAGAGUGAAUAUUGAAGCGAUAGUUGAAGAUUUUAGAAUACUAGGCAACGGACUCGUUAGAGAUAUUACUGUUAAUACAUAG